GUGUUGUGAUCACUGGUGAAGAGCUGCUGCUGCUGCUGGUGUUGUGAUGUGAUUAUAAGAGUAUAGUGAUGGAGAUGUUCUGCAGGAGGAUGGAGGAGCUACACUGAGUGAGAGCAGAGUGAUGAUGUGUUGGAAGGUCUGGCUUUGUUCAUAGUGUUUCCUUUAAAUCAAUGAGGCACCGUGAAGAUUAACACUGCUGAUACACAGGAAGAACUUGUCACUGGAGUUUUGCAUAUAAAAACUGAUAUUAUUCUGGAAAUGUCAUCUGAUUCUCUUCACACUGAAACAUCUCACAGACUAAAGCAGGAAAACACAGAACUGGAGAGAAUGGAGAGCUUUAAUCAGAAUAGUGAUCUCCAGCAAGACCAGUGCGUUCAAACAGGAGAGAAACCGUAUCAGUGCCUGAACUGUGGAAAGACUUUUACUAGAUUAACUAAUUUUAAAGAACACCAGCGCAUUCACACAGGAGAGAAACCGUAUUACUGCUCAGAGUGUGGGAAGCGCUUUCGUCAGCUACGAACUCUGCAAAUGCACCAGCGCAUUCACACUGGAGAGAAACCGCAUCAGUGCUCUGAGUGUGGAAAGAGUUUUAUUCAAAAGCAUAGUCUCCACAGACACCACCACACUCACACAGGAGAGAAACCGUACCAGUGUUCUGAGUGUGGAAAGAGUUUUAUUCAGAAGCAUUGUCUCCAACGACACCAGCGCGUUCACACUGGAGAGAAACCGUAUCAGUGCUCAGAGUGUGGAAAAGGAUUUACUGAGAAGUGUGAUCUCCAAAUACACUGGCGCACUCACACUGGGGAAAAACCUUUUUGUUGUUCUGAGUGUGGAAAGAGUUUUUCUGACCAGAGAAAUCACCAAACUCACCAACGCAUUCACACUGGAGAGAAACCGUAUCACUGUUUGGAGUGCGGGAAAAGUUUUCGCCAUUUAUCUACUUUUCAAAAACACCAGCGUGUUCACACAGGAGAGAAACCGUAUCACUGCUUAGAGUGUGGAAAGAGUUUUAGUCACAAGCGUAAUCUCCACGUACACCAGCGCGUUCACACUGGCGAAAAAUGAUUUUGCUCUAAAGGAAGUUUAAUCCAAUAGGCUGUUCAUUAAGGGUGGUGGAAGUUGGUUCCAUGAUUUGCACUAUUCUAAUGCAGGGGUUCCUAACCUUUUUUAACAGUGAGACUGUGAGAACUCCCAUAUAGUGCUUUUUCACCAGAAGAUCUAAAAAGUUAUUUAUUUAUUUCUUUUUAUUUUUAUGUCAAUUGCCCAACCCCUUCUUUAGGACUCCCCCUAUCACUAGUGAUGCUCCAACACCAGGAGGGCAAAGACUAGCACACGCCUCCUCCAACACAUGGGAAGUCAGACUCCGCCCCUUUUUUUGAAUCUCUUGCCGAGUAGCAUCACAGCGCUAAUGCUCGCAGGAAAGCGCAGCGACUGGGUUCUGAUACAUCAGCUCACAGACGCAGCCUUAUGGUGAUCCACAUCACCCUAGGAGUGAUGAGGGAAAAGAGAGAGCACCAUCUGCUGUACCCACCCAGAGAGAACAAGGCCAAUUAUGCUCUCUCAGGGCUCUGGCAGCUGAUGGCAAGCUGCAUGACUGUGGAACCAUGGUGCUUUUUAGUGAACCAGUCCACGUUACCACCAUUUUUAGUGGAACCGUCAUAAAUUCAUAUCAUACGUCACCAACAGAGGGCACUGCACAGCGGUGGGAAGCAGAAGAGAAAACGAUUUGCCCUGAAUAACUUAGUAUUCUUCGAUUUCCACUGCAACAACAAACGUUCCUGGUUCUGAGCCUACUUUUGUUGGUGAAAAUGUGCGGUUUAACUAUAAAGCAACUUAUUCAAUAGUGUGACCAUGUUUAAACAAGUUUGUGAAAAGGAUAAAGGGAAAGAAAAUGUUGCAAAAUGAACUUCAGGGUUAGUUUUAGGGUUGGUUAGAGUUUGUUUCCUAAGUACUGUGGUGUAAUUUAUUAUUGAGAAAAUAAUAAUUAAUCCAUUCUGGACUUGCAGAGCCACGGCGUGCAUGUGUAAACCUGAAUCAAGAUUCAGAUAGAAAAGUCCAGUAGAACAGAGAAUAAGUCAGUUUGAAUCAGUAAAUAGAAAACUUUAAUUAGAAAUGUAACCUAUUUUAUGCAUGAGAUUCCCUGAAUGAAGCCUGAGAAUGAGUCAGUUUGAUUCUUUAAAGAGAAAACAAAGUUUGGCGCACAAAUCUGAUGGGUCGCAAAUUGCUGUACAACACCAUUAAAAUCAAGUAUAAAAUCAGAUUGUUCAUUAUUUUUUGUAGUUUGGAAAAAAAAAUGUGAAUCAUUUUCUGCUAUGCAAAAAUAACAAUAAAAACAAGCAUAAAACCUUACUGUCGGGAUUUUUUUGUUUUUUUAGUGAAUAAAAACAUCAAUAAAACCAAGUACAAAAUCAGAUUGUACAUUUAAAUUAAUAAAAUGAGACAUUUUAUAAUAAUUAAUCCACUGUGAUCUAUUAUCAAGUCCAAAGUCAGUGCA